AUGUGGAUUGAUAAUUUGGAGCUCAGUGUUGUAUCUGCUAACUCUAACCUGAUUGGAAGUUCGAUUGAAACUCAUUUUAACUUACCUCGAUGGGAGCUAUUAUGUGUGUACGGCCCUGCAGCACAUCAAAACAGAAAUGGGUUUUGGGAAGGAAUGUCUAAUCUUAUUGCUUCAACUGAAACACCUUGGUGUAUGAUUGGUGAUUUGAAUGUACUUAUUUCUUCUCAUGAGAAACAUGGUGGAUCUCAGAAUUUGGAUAUCAAUUGUAAGGAAUUCAGGAAUUUAAUUCAAGAUAGAGAUGCCAUUGACUUGGGGUUUGGAGGACCACCUUUCACCUGGUCAAGAAGAACAAUCCAUUAUGCCUCGGUGUAUGAACGUCUUGAUAGGGAGAUGUGUAACUCUCUGUGGAAGCUGCAAUUUACCGAAUCUGUUGUCCUCCAUCUUCCAAGAAUUUAUAGUGAUCACACUUGA